GUCCUCAGGGGGCACUCUUCGUUGGCCGUUCGAUCCUCCCGAACAGUAAAAAAAUCGAUCCCACUUUCACCCACAGCCAUCCGAUCCGGUUAUUACUUUUGUUACCUGCUGCCUGCUGCUGGGUACAUGACCGCUGGGCCAUCUUGCGCGUGGGGCCUCCCGCCAGAGACACGGAACGGGGCUGGCUCAGGUCGCCUUCUUUCACCUUGUUUUGGACCGGGUGAAAAUCCUAGCCCACGCCUCCUCCUCCUCUCCCAUCCCCAAUCAGCACCUCCUUCCUCCUUCCCCAAUCCUCUCCUCCUCCUCCCGGCCAGCGCCAUGGAGGCCAUGUGCUCCGACUCCGGUCCCCGUUUGGCGCGUCGAGGGCGGCGACCGCUGAGCCACCCCGGUCUGACCACCGGACACUCGGGAGGGAGCGGCGCGGCGACACCGGACGCUCGGGACGGAGCGGCGCGGCGACCAGGCCGGCGUAGUGCCGGGAGGCGCGAUGACGGCGGUUCUGGGUAGGAGAGGAGGAGGUACGACGACGGCAUGGUGGAGAUCGAGGCGGCGGCUCGGGGAGGACAGGAAGAGGUGCAGGAGAGAGAAAACGAAUCAGGAGGCAGGGAUUGGUGGUUGAGUUUGUAGAUCGACGGCUUACUUAUCCCAUGCUCUCACCGUCGUCGCUCCAGCCGCCUCCUGAGUCUCUCCGUCAUGGCGCGAGGCGCGUACACCUUCACCAUAGGGUACCACGAGCUCGCCGGGACCAGGGUUACUCUCAAGAAGCCCCUGCUGGUGCUGAGGAAGAAGAAGAACGAUGGCCAAGGUGGACCGGCGGCGGCGGUGGAGCUGGACGUGAUCGGCGUCAUCCGGCACAAGAUCCUCUUCAAGGACCGCCCCAAGGCUCUCAUCUCAAAGGUCCCGGUGAAGGAGAAGAAGUUUGUAGAUCGACGGCUUACUUAUCCCAUGCUCUCACCGUCGUCGCUCCAGCCGCCUCCUGAGUCUCUCCGUCAUGGCGCGAGUGAGCUCCAGAUCGAGCGGGGGCGGCCGUGAGCGGCCGCGGCGUGCUCCGACUCAGGGAGGGAAGGGCGGGCGCAGGCGGGCGGGCUUGGUUGGGCGCGGCGAGCUCCGGCUCCGUCUCAUGGGGCAGGUGGAGCAGCACAACACCGGGGCUCCAGCUCGUGGAGAAGACCCGGUAGACAGAGGACGGCGAGCGACGACCGCGGAGGUACGUGUGGCGUCAGGACAAGCAAGCGAGGGAUGACCAAGCCAGAUCCACCUUCAGGUUUGUGCAGAGGCAACAGCAACACAUGUUUGACAUUAUCAACCUGUAGAUUUGGUACUAUAUUGGUUUGAAGAUUAUGUCGGAUCCACAAGAGAGGCAAAAUAUGGAGUGGAAACUACAGUCCAGACACUGCAGGCUUUGAAAGAUUUGGAUGGAGCACAGGUCGGGAUGCUCCCGUUCAUCUUUGGUUUGUUCCGGGCGCAUCGCAGUGCCUAGCUCCACCUGUCUACCUACUUCCUCGUUGUUCUCCUGCUUGCAGGAUCCCAUCUUGAUUUCCGAUCUCAUUAGAUAAGAGUCACAUGAGGGUGAUUUGAGCAAAGAGUUGAUGUCCCUUGAUGUUGUAUGCGAUGUGCAGCUGCAGAGGUUCAGUCCAUGCAUCUUCUGCAAGGUAAAAUUGUACAUGGUAAUAUGGUGUAUAAUCCAGAUGGUGCCAUACAAGCUAUCAUUUGUAUUUGUUCAUGGGGAACCUUUUGUUGCAGAGUAUGCUCGUAUCCGACCAUCAGCUUGUGAAGGGAUCAUAAUAUAUGCCACCUCUCUAUACUGAACACGAUUGGAUUCUGAUGUAUCCUAGCAAUACUCCUCCCUGCCCUCCUCUCACUUGUUCAGGAGAAAAAGGGGAUGUAUACAAGGGCUGCUUCUUCCACCGAAUCAUCGAAGGAUUUCAUGAUUCAGGGUGGGGAUUUUGCAGGAAAACAAUGUCUGAAGAGCAUUAGUGGCCUCUGUUCAGCUUUUUCUCUUCAUCUAUUCGGCAGCCGCUGUUGGUGGACAACGGCGGCCUCAGGUGGUGCAUGGUGGGUCCUGCCAAGUCACCGACACGAUUUCUCCCACGCAGGUGACUGGCAGCUGGGCAACGCCGCGGCCAUUGAGCCGAAGGUGGCUGAGCGCCAGAGCUCCCAGCUUAGGAAGACGACGCGACGGGAUGGCGCAGCACCACGGCCUUCAGCACCCUUGCCGUUAGCAGCCUGCCCCUGUCAUAAGUCCUCUCACGACCUGUUGGUUCUUCUGGUUGGUAGCAGCGCAGUCUCUUAUUUUUGUAUGCGAAAUCAUCAAAUCUGCUCCAAUGUCAUGGAUCAUGUAAUUACCGUCAAGAAUGCUGCCAUUCGCUGAUUGCAACUAAAUGUACAGAUGAAAGGUCCUUUUGUUUUAAUGCUAUUGAUGCAUCGCAAGUUGGUGAAACUGAUUUGUCUAGGUGGAUGCAAAAUUAGGUUUUUGAUAGUUGGAUAAAAUAUGGGUUAAAGCAUUGUUAGUAGAAGGAAAGAAGCACAACGUCAAGCUGCAGAGAUAUCUUGAAGAAACCAGGCCGAUGAAAAAUCAAGAUUGGUCUACGGUUAAUCCACUUUUUGCAAGGUGGAUUUGGACCUUCGAAAGGAAACAGUGGAAAAAUUUAGCCAAUGCUGCAAUGCUGGGAUUUCUAGAUAUCAUGUAGUGGAUGAGUGUCAGCUAGGGAGGCAAUCUUGUGCUCACAUGUUUUUUAGGCUAAGAGGUAGCAACUAAGAAAUUUGUCCCGUGCUUGUGUGACAGUCUGGACACUACUGAAGGGAAAUGAUGAGGGAUCUGGUGGUAUUGGGAUUUGGACUGCCCCUUUAAGCACGGUUGGCCGCAUCGUCCGCUCCUCCUGGAGGCACCACAGUGCUACAGCCACAAAACGCUCUACUUUUUUUAUG